AUGAGGUUCCUUGCUUUCAGCGCCUGCUUAGUCGGCGUUACUGCUGAUAUUAUCACGUCGGACAGUCACUUUUAUGGUCAAAGUCCGCCUUUUUACCCAUCACCUAUUGGAAGUGGUACUGGGGACUGGGCAGAGUCAUACACCAAGGCGAAAGCAUUUGUCGCUCAGUUGUCCCUUGAAGAAAAAUCAAACCUGACUUUCGGUGCUUCCACGACUGAGAAUGGAUGCUCUGGAUUUAUUCCUGCUAUCUCGCGUCUUGGGUUCCCCGGACUCUGCCUCUCAGAUGCCGGAAAUGGACUUCGGACUACCGAUUUAGUCAAUGGGUAUCCAGCUGGAUUGAGUGUCGGAGCAAGCUGGAACCGAGCACUCACGACUCAACGAGCACACUUCAUGGCCGGCGAGUUUAAAGCAAAAGGGGUCAACAUUGCCCUUGGGCCUGUUGUUGGGCCCCUUGGUCGCGUUGCUCGUAGUGGUCGAAACUGGGAAGGCUUCACCAAUGACCCAUAUCUGAGCGGUGUCCUUGCUGCCGACACCGUUGCGGCAUUCAACAAGCGUGGUGUGAUGACUAGUCUCAAGCACUACAUUAUGAACGAGCAAGAGACGAAUCGCAACCCGGUUACUGGUAGCACCCCUCCAAUCGAGGCGGUUUCGUCGAAUGUCGACGACAAGACGAUUCAUGAGCUCUACCUCUGGCCUUUUCAAGAUGCUAUUAAAGCGGGAUCUGUGAAUAUCAUGUGCAGUUACAAUCGUAUCAACAAUACAUACGGCUGCGCCAACAGCAAAACUCUCAAUGGGCUUCUGAAGACUGAACUCGGAUUCCAGGUAUUUACUUUAUUGAUCUUUGAUAUUGUAGCAGAAGGGCUAACCGCUAAGGGUUUUGUGGUCACUGAUUGGAAUGCGCAACACACUGGAGUCGCUAGUGCCCUCGCCGGUCUCGAUAUGGUCAUGCCAGACACUAAAUAUUGGGGCAACAAUCUGACUACCGCAAUCAACAACGACUCCGUUCCGGAAAGCCGAUUGAAUGAUAUGGCUACUCGCAUCCUUGCCGCAUGGUACUACCUGGGCCAAGACAGCAGCAUUCCCGAACCCGGCAGCGGCAUGCCUUAUUCAGUUAUUGAACCGCAUAAGAGAGUCGAUGCUAGAGAGCCAGCUGCUCGCCCCGUUAUCCUACAAGGUGCAGUCGAAGGUCAUGUUCUUGUAAAAAAUAAUCAUGCUUUGCCCCUCAGAAAACCACAGGUCCUGUCUGUCUUCGGAUAUUCCGCCGGAACGUACAGAUCAUCGGUGCCUUCUACCAGUGGUCUAGGCUCUUGGGCACUCGGAUACGAAAGCACCGACGUCCAGCAAAUUAUGGCUGCAAUUGGACGGAAAGAAGACCCCCUUGUUGAGAUUCAGUCUAUUGCAAUCAACGGUACAAUCAUCAUGGGCGGCGGCUCUGGCGCAACGACACCCGCUUACGUCUCUGGUCCUCUUGACGCUUUUACAAACCGUGCUAUGAAAGAUAACUCAGCUUUAUUCUGGGAUAUUGAGAGUCCAGCACCUGAAGUUGUCCCCACUUCAGACGCUUGCUUGGUCUUCAUCAACGCGUGGGCCUCUGAAGGAUACGAUAGACCUGGUGUCUACGAUGAUUACUCUGACAACUUGGUUCUUUCGGUGGCUGAUAAGUGCAACAACACAAUCGUUGUCAUCCACAACGCGGGAGUUCGCCUCGUUGACAAUUUCGCUGAUCAUCCUAAUGUCACUGCUAUUGUCUAUGCCCAUACACCAGGCCAAGACUCCGGUGCUGCGACAGUCUCAUUGCUCUACGGUGAUGAGAACUUCUCGGGCAAGAUGCCUUACUCUGUUCCAAAGAAUGCCAGUGACUAUGGUUCCCUUCUUGAUCCAAGUCUCCCAGAGGGUGACUACGUCAACUACCCUCAAAGCGACUUCUCUGAGGGUAUCUUUAUUGAUUACCGUGACUUUCAAAACCGGAAUGUCACACCCCGGUAUGAGUUUGGGUUUGGCCUAUCGUACACUUCCUUUGAAUACAGUUCACUUUCCGUGACCAAGACCAAGAAGGCAAAAAAUGCCGCGAGGUAUCCUUCUGGUGCCAUUGAACAGGGUGGACAGGUUGAUCUGUGGGAUAUUCUUGCACGAAUCAAAUUCACAGUCAAGAACACUGGCCGGGUGGCUGGAAAGGAAGCUACCCAGCUGUAUAUCGAUACUACUUCUGGUGUCAAACAGCUCCGUGGCUUUGAGAAGGUCUCACUAGAUGCGGGUAAGAAAGAGUCCGUCACUUUGGCCUUGACUCGUCGGGAUCUGAGUGAGUGGGAUGUGGUGGCUCAGAAGUGGGGAUUGGUGAGCGGUAAGAUUGGGGUCUUUGUUGGUGCCAGCUCGAAGGACUUGAAGCUUCAGGGCACAUUGCACCUGUAG